AUCGCACAUCCCUCCGCACAUCAUCUUCAUCAUCAUCAUCUAUCCACUUCAUCUCUCUCACUGCCAUCGUCAACCAUGAUCCUGUGGUGCGUCUGCUGCUUGCUGGACGCGAUGGCGAGAGUUCUGGGAGUGCCCGUUGCUGACGGUUCUCCUCUGGAAGACCGGAUGAAUGGACUUGAAGUCACAACGCCAGCGUGGAUAAUAAACCAAUCGUCUGCCACUGUGCAUCCUGAAAAUGCAAACAUCGUGUUGAGGAUUGCAGGAAAAAGAUUGAUUCUCCAAAUCAAGAGGAACCGGAAACUUUUGCCGCCUACGUUUACAGUAACGCACCACCUUGCCAAUGGCUCGCUCAUCACAGAGACGCCCUCGUUGACACUGAAUCACUGCCUUUACCACGGACGCGUGGCGGGUGAGCGCGACUCCCUGGUGGUGCUCAGUACAUGCGAGGGGCUUAGGGGCUCCAUCGUCGUCGGUGCAGAUCACUUCCUCAUCGAGCCGCUGGGAAGACGCGGAGAGUGCGGGCGGCAUGCUGAUGAAGACAAAGUGGACGGGAAUUCUGAGGAACACGAUACCGACGAGGGGAUGGUGAAUGCCGCGGGCACCAUCGGCGGGGCGGUCAGAGGGCCUUGCUUUCGUCGCCGUCGCGGCUACCACUAUCACUGCUGCCCUCGUCACGCUGUGUCACGGGCCAGGGAUCGCCAGUCCAGGCACGGAGGAGGCCUCGAGGUGGCAUACGGCCACACGAACCUCACCCAGGCCGGCGCUGUCGCUCGGUCAGGCCGGGCUCGGACGCGGGCGCCGCACAUCCGCCUCAAGCGCAGCAGCGCGUGGAGGGCUGCUAAACACGUGGAGCUCGUGCUCGUCGCCGACCAUGCCGAGUUUAUGAAAAUGGGACACGACUACUGGAGGACGGCGCUGCGUAUGAUGGAGAUCGCCAACCACGUGGACAAGUUUUACAGGGCGCUUGGUGUGCGCGUGCCACUGGUCGGCGUGGAGAUCUGGUCAUCCGGGGAUGAGACCCCCGUGCCCCAUGACCCCUACCAGGCCCUCGCCCACUUCCUGUCCUGGCGAAGAAAACAUCUCCUACCCAGGAAGGAGCACGACAACGCCCAGCUCGUGACGGGCGCCAGGUUCACCGGCGUGACGGUGGGCAUGGCACCGCUUAUGGGGAUGUGUUCGCGCGAGCAGUCUGGAGGCGUGAACAUGGACCACACGGAGAGCGUACUCGGUGUGGCCUCCACCGUGGCGCACGAGAUGGGCCACAACUUCGGACUGAACCACGACGGGGAUGCCCGUCGGUGCCCGUGCCAGCACUCGGCACAGCAGGGCGGCUGCAUCAUGGCGCCUGCUACUGGGCACCCGUACCCCCACGUGUUCAGCUCGUGCAGCGUGCGUGCGCUGCGAGCCUCGCUGCUCGAGGGGGGCGCCCCCUGCGUGUUCAACGCCCCCGACGUCACGGCGCUGUACGGCGGCGGCCGCUGUGGCAACGGCUACGUGGAGGACGGGGAGAGCUGCGACUGCGGGGAGCCACAGGAGUGCGACAAUCCGUGCUGCAACGCGACGUCAUGCGCACUGGCGCUGGGAGCAGACUGCGCGCACGGGGAGUGCUGUGACAGGUGCAGGCUCCUGGGGCCAGGGCACCUCUGCCGCGAGGGAGCGGGGGAGUGCGACCUCCCGGAGUUCUGCACGGGGACGGCGGCGCAGUGCCCCCAGAACGCCCACGCGCACGACGGGCAGCCCUGCCGGGGGGGCGGCCACUGCUUCACGGGCACGUGCGUCACGCUCGGCGCGCAGUGCCUGCGGCUGUGGGGGCCAGGUGCUUACGCUGCCCCGCGCGAGUGCUUCGUGGAGGUGAAUGGAGCAGGAGACAAGUACGGAAACUGUGGCAAGGACACGUCCGGGGAGUACGUGACCUGCACGGAGGAGCACGCCCUGUGCGGCAAGUUGCAGUGCGAGGGGGGGGCAGAGGCCCCAGUGGUGGGAGGAGGGGCCGUGACCAUUCGGACCACGGUGCCCACGCGGGGCGGCCGGCGCGUGCUCUGCAAGGGCGUUCACGUCUACUCGGACAUCCCGGACCCGGGCCUCGCGCUCGCCGGAACGACGUGCGGACCGAGGAAGAUCUGCCACAAUCGGGAGUGUGUUAACGUUUCUACCCUGGGAUUUGAAGCAUGCUCAUCAAAAUGUAACGCUCAUGGGGUUUGCAACAGUAAAGGGAACUGCCACUGUGACCCUGGCUGGGAUCCGCCGCUCUGCGAUCAGCCGGGCAAUGGGGGCAGCGUCGACAGUGGGCCCGUUCCGCCAGCCACCGGCGCCGGCGUGGUGGCCGGUGUGGUGGUGGCGAGCCUGUUGGUGCUGGGGAUUGCGCUCACGGCGCUGGCCCUCAAAUGUCUCCGUCGCCCGGACUGGUCGGUCACCACGGUCCUCGGCUCCUUCCGAAUCGCCAGCAGCCCGGCCAAUGCAUUGGUGAAGAUGUGCGGGGCUAAACGCAGCCCAGAUGGCCGGGAAGGGAAUUAAAAGUGCUCCUCAUUGAACAAGGACAUUUGUGCGAUUCCCUGAUGAGAAACACGAAGCUUCCCACUCUCAGUGUGAGCCGAGGCCAAUCGGAUACCUGUCUAAGGUGCCAACUGUUAAACCGUGAAUUUCCAUGAAAUAACUUUAAAUCUGGUCCUUCAGGUGGAGCUUUUACAUUUGCAUAUGCCAGCGGGAAUAAACUCCUAUUCACGAUUUUAAAGAGGGGGGCCCCUGACCUAACACAGAUUCCCUUUGUGCUUGUGGUGGAAAGUGUCUGCCAGCUGUAGGGGGUUGGACCCCGCUUGCACUGAUGAACCUUCGAGUGGCCUUUUCAUUUAGUUCAAAUCCGGGUCGUUUUGCUUCGAUGCAAUCGCCGCCACUUACGAGUCCCAGCACGAAGUGCGCCCCCCCCCCCACUGCCCCCCCCCCCACUGCUCCUGGCAGCUGCCUCCGCAGCCCAGGCCAGGCGCUGCGGCCGUCACUCUGCCCUGGGGGCUGCCACGCCGUCAAGUACAGGUUUCAAGUCGAUUUUGUGUCACCAGGUUGGGACAUCAACAUCAAGAGACCAGGCCGAGUGUCAUGAGACCUGGGGAAUCAGUCUACCAGUUAGGGGGCCAAUGAUGGAUGUGCAUAAUUAUGAAGUGCCUUGUUUCCAUUACAUUUAGCGAGGAGGCAAUACUGAUGACAAUGUGAUUACUGAUUACAAAGUGAUUGAAAUCUUUAAGAUGGCAAUCUUGAUACUGCAGCAAUACCUGCCCUAAUGUGCCCACACAUUGUGUCUCCAUCUCACCAACACGUGAUUCUUUGUCUGUCCGGCUUCAUUUUAACAUCCAUUUACUUGAUAAUGUGUAUUGUCAUUAACCAAAUUGCUGCCCACUUGAAACACAAGCAUGUAGAAUUCUAAUUUGAUGAUGUGAUAUUUGAGUGCCUUUAACAUCUUUGACUCAUAUUUUGUGGUUUCAACUGGGGACCAAAGAGAUCAUCAGGGCUCAAUAGAUGGCACAGGGCGCACCGGUGAGCGUUAGCAGGGAUGGGGAACGUUAGAGGAAGCCUUUGACUGUCCGCAGCCGCCCCAGGUGAACAAAGGUAACAAGGGAGAGAAGCUAUGCACUCAAAUGAUUUGGGUUCAUGUGUACACCAAGUUUGUAUGUAUGUUGAACUUCUUUCGCACCGUACAUAACCAACAGUGCUAAUCUGUUUGAGUCAAACUUCAUGAUUGUUAUUUAUGUAUCUUGUGCAAUAUAUUGUGUACGUGACUUUUUGCGACAGAAGCCAAAUAAAACCACAAAUAAGUGUGA